UCGUCGAGCGUUCCCGACGUGCGUAAGAGAGACACCCGCAAUGGUUUGUUGUUAUUUCUAGUUUUUGCCGUUUUUUCCAGUUGUGUUGAGAAAAAAAAAAAAAAAGAAAAGAAAAAAGAAAAAAAACAACAAAAAGAAAGAAAAAGAUGCGCGCGUGUAAACAGUGAAAAGUGCUCGGCAGGGAGUGAGCGGGUGCAGAUAAAGCGUUGCUCCGUGCACGACGAAAAUGUGAAUGUGUCGUUGUGCGCAGCCAUCCGGAGUCAGGGAAAGUGUGCUUGUAUGAAAAGGGGGAGGAAGGGGAGAAGGAGCCGGACGAUGACGACCUGUACGACGGCGAAGGCGACGCAACAGUGGCGGGCGCCUCGGCAUCAGGCAAGGGCUGUCGCUGCUGAUCGGCCGCGCGGUUUAUGGAUUUUCAGUUAACGCCGGGGCCGAAGCAUGAUCACCAAGAGGAGCGAGAUUCCCCGAGUCGAACCAAAAAGUGGAGCACCGAGUAGCAAAGGGAAAAACGCAUCGCAGUUGAAUCCACCGCCACUGUAGCAAAAAUGAGGUUCGAGAACGGUUAGAGAGCAUAUUAAUUUGUGGUGUAGCAGUAGUCAGUGAAGGAGGAAAAAAGGGUCACAGACGGAGCCAACUGGUUGGAUCGCUAUGACGUGACCGGGGGAGGAUAAAUAUGACGCUUGAGGGACGCAAGAGCGGAUAAUGAGCGGCUUUUUCAACUCGCUGAGGAACCUCGCUGCUGGAGCUGCUGGCAGCGCAUCCUCGAAACAGGAGGACGACGAAGGUGAAGACACGAGGAUGAGGUUCAGCCUGACUCCGCAGCCGGGAGAGAGCGGAUUUAUUCAGUGGCUGGACGCUAUGAAAAUGGUCGCCAAACUGCAGGGUGGAAUCCCAGAGGAGUUUCGCAGAAAGCUGUGGCUGACACUCUCGGAGCGUCAUCUGGAUCAGCGGGGUGUCAACUGGCAGCAAGCUGAGAAGCUCUGCUUCAACGAGUGGAGCAAUCCCGACGACGAGGAGCUCGGCAUUCAGAUAGUUAAGGACCUUCACCGCACGGGGUGUAGCCUCUUCUGCGGCGCAGCCGGCCGUGACAACCAAGCGGUCCUGCGUCGCGUGCUUCUGGGCUACGCUCGCUGGAACAAGUCAGUCGGCUACUGCCAAGGCCUGAACGUCCUCGCGGCUCUGAUCCUCCAAGUCGUCGACAGGGACGAGUCAGCUGCAGUCAAGGUCAUGAUCUACCUAAUCGAGGGUGUCCUGCCCGAGGGAUACUUCGCGGACAGCUUAAGAGGCCUGUCGAUCGACAUGGCGGUGUUUAGGGAUCUCCUGCGCAUGCGGCUUCCUAGGCUGUCAAAGCACCUCGAGUCCCUACAGAAUGACUUGAAGGACAAGACCACGGGAAACAGUUACGAGCCGCCUUUAACGAACGUCUUUACGAUGCAGUGGUUCCUCACUCUCUUCUGCCAUUGCCUGCCGCAGGACGCUGUACUGCGAGUCUGGGAUUUGAUAUUUCUCGAGGGCGAUGAUGUCCUUUUGCGCACUGCUCUGGCCAUUUGGGAGGGUAUUUCUGAUCGGGUCAUGACCGUCACUUCGGCUGACGAGUUUUAUAGUAUAAUGGGCGUGCUCACCCGGGAGAUGCUCGAGUUCACCGACACGAAUCAUCUCGUCAAGGUAAGAAAUAAAAGUUUAGUUAAUAUAGUUACAAAUUUCAGGAGGCCACGAGUUCAUGGCAGAUCCUUCAAUGAAUCUUCUUAA